AUGGAGCAUCAAACACAUUGGGCAAUCAAGCAAGUCAACUUUGAUCUCCAUAGUGCGGGUGAGCAAAGGCUUCCAGAGCUCCAUGAGUUGGAGGAGUUGAGGAUGAAUGCUUAUGAUAGUGCAAGCAUAUACAAAGCAAGGACCAAGGCUUGGCACAAUGCCCAAAUUGUCAAGAAGGAAUUCGUCAAAGGGAAAAAGGUUCUCCUCUACAACUCUCACUUGAAGCUUUUUCCAGGCAAGUUAAGAUCAAGAUGGAGUGGGCCGUUCGUCAUUACUAAAGUGUUUCCCUAUGGUGCUUUUGAGAUUUCUAAUGAAAAGUAUCCCCCAUUCAAAGUGAAUGGUCACCGUCUCAAACCCUACUAUAAAGGGCAUCCCAUUGAUGAGCCGGUCACCUAUUCACUCAUUGACGUGCAUCGUGUGUAUGAGCCUCCUUGA